GGUGGCUAACAUGCUAACUUUUCCUUCACGUUACCGUGAGAUGCAGCCGGAGUUCAGCAGCAGAGCCUGCAUGUGAGGAUCAACGUGUUUAAGUGGACUCUGUUUAAACUUUCGGGAUGUUUCACCUCAGACUCAUCUCCUGUUAGCCAAGAAUGCUAAAGGAAGUUAGCUUGUCAGCAGGAAGUAGCCGGAGCCGGAGCUCGGCCUCACAGUCGGAGCAGCUUCCAUAGAGACCAAACUGUAUUUUUCACGGAGCCCAAAUGUCCAAAUGUCCAGAUAGAGCUGUCUGAAUAGACUCUGUGCUGUUCCCUUUAUCUGAACAUGUUUAACAUCUGAAUUAUCUCCCGGUGUCCUACGAAGCUAAUGCAGUUAGCUUAGCUUGCUAGCUGGAAACAGUCUGGAGGAAAAGCUGCUGUGAAUCAGUAAAAAUGUCUAAAGUGGAGAAUGAGGAGGAACUUUGUGGACAACGCAAACUACUGGACGCUGUUUUCAAGCCUGAAGCAGACGUCGAGCUGCUGUUGGUGAGUAAAGAAGAGGUUCCUCCUGAGCAGCAGGAGUGGAGCCCCAAUCUGGACCAGGAGGACCCGCCAGAGCCCCCACACAUUAAAGAGGAGUGGGGCCACAGUCUGGACCAGGAGAACCCACCAGAGCCUCCACACAUUAAAGAGGAAUGGAGUCUCAGUCUGGACCAGGAGGACCCACCAGAGCCUCCACACAUUAAAGAAGAGAGCAGCCCAAUUCUGGACCAGGAGGACCCACCAGAGCCUCCACACAUUAAAGAGGAGAGCAGCCCAAUUCUGGACCAGGAGGACCCACCAGAGCUCCCACACAUAAAAGAGGAACAGGAGGAACUUUGGACCAGUAAAGAGGGAGAGCAGCUUCGAGGGCUGGAGGAGGCUGAUAUCCCCAUCUUCACAUUCACUCCUGUCCCUGUGAAGAGUGAAGAAGACAAUGAAGAGAAACCUCAGUCCUCACAGCUUCAUCAAAGACUAACUGAACAGAUGAAGACAGAAGCUGAUGGAGAGGACUGUGGAGGACCAGAACCAGCCAGGAACUCAGAUCCAGCUAGACAUUUACAACCAGAUACUGAUGACAAGGCGUCACCCUCCUCUGAACCGGAGUCUGAUGACAGUUUUGAUUGGGAGGAUAUCAGGAAACAAGCUGAAUGUGCUACAAGCUUUGACCACAAGGGACAUUUGCAGGAAAAUAAUGGAAUCCAAACAGGAGAGAAACUAUUUAGUUGCUCAAUCUGUGGUAGAAGAUUCCUCUGGAAGAAGUCCUUAAUGACUCAUAUGAUACUUCAUUCAGAAGGAAAAUGUUUCAGCUGCUCUGUUUGUAAAAAAACGUUUAAAUGCAGGGUAAAGUUUGUGAAGCAUGUGAGAUUUCACACAGUGGAGAAACCCUUCAUUUGUUCCUUCUGUGGUAAAAGAUUCCCACACAACUCAAAUUUGACCUCACACUUAAGAGUUCAUACAGGAGAAAAACCUUUCAGCUGCUCAGUUUGUAAAACAAGUUUCAGUAAUAGAAGCACUUUGUCCAGACACAUGAGAAUCCACACAGGAGAGAGACCCUUUAGUUGUUCUGUUUGUGGUAGAAGAUUCGCACAAAAGUCACGUCUAAGACAACACAUGAGAAUCCACACAGGAGAGAAACCCUUCAGUUGUUCUGUCUGUGGCAGAAGAUUCACACAAAACUCAUCCUUGACCUCACACUUAACAGUUCAUACAAAAGAAAAACCUUUCAGCUGCUCAGUUUGUAAAACAAGUUUCCGUGUCAGAGGUGAUUUGUCCAGACACAUGAGAAUCCACACAGGAGAGAAACCCUUCAGUUGUUCUCUCUGCGGUACAAGAUUCGCACAAAAGUCAUGUUUGAAACAACACAUGAGAAUCCACACAGGAGAGAAACCCUUCAGUUGUUCUGUCUGUGGCAGAAGAUUCACACGAAGCUCAGCCUUGACCUCACACUUAACAGUUCAUACAGGAGAAAAACCUUUCACAUGUUCAGUUUGUAAAACAAGUUUCCGUGUCAGAGACCAUUUGUCCAGACACAUGAGAGUUCACACAGGGGCGAAACUAUUUAGUUGCUCUGUCUGUGGUAAAACAUGUGGAGAAAAGAGAAAUAUGAAUCGACAUAUGAGAAUCCACAGAAAGGAGAAACCAUUUUGUUGCACUGUAUGUAAUAAAAGAUACACUCGGCUUGAGCAUCUCAAAAACCACAAGUGUGCUGGUGAGAGCAGUGGAAGUAAAUGAAGCUGCAGAGAUGAUUGUUGAGCCGAUUCCUUCCAGCAGGAUUGAUGUACUGAGGGCAAGACCAGUAGGUCAUCUGUUUUUUCAACAUUUUGAUUCUACAUUAUUAUGUUAUAUAUUUUAGCUUUUUAAAUACCUCAAUGAAACACUUUUUCUUUAUCAAUUCAAUGACUUUGGAAUUUCCAACUUUAACUCUUCAUAGAUCAACAUAUACAACAUCAUAACAACAGCAUGUCUAGGUGAACUGGAAAGUUAGCUGAAUGUCCGUUGGCAAGUCAUUAAACGUCACCUAACCCACACAUGGCUGUAACUGCUGAAAUAGUGUCCAUACAACGAGCUUCUCUUUUUUUUUUUUUUUUUUUUUUUUUUUUUAGCAUGGCCUGAGUCCUCCUGUACAGUAUUACCCAGUUCUGAGUAAACUUCACUCUCCUCCAUGUUUGUUUAUUCUGAAUACAAAUUUCUUCCCUGAAGAACCAGCAUGUGUGGAAGGACAUAGGAACAAAGUUAGUUUUUCAUUAAAUCUGUUGAGUAAUUUUGUUCCUUUCAGUAAUGCAUUAGGCUAUGUCUUAUGUUUUAUGCACUGACAAUAUAUUAUGGACAGAAAAGCAACAUAAAAAUGGCAAAACUUCCAAUGUUCCAAGUUUGAAGUCUAUGAAGAUCCAUCCUUGUUCGGUCGAUAGGUUUCAUUUGGUUGUGAAGUUAAGCCUUGUGACAUCUUUGCUGAAGACCCGCCUUGAUGAGACAGAGGGCGCUGUUUCACUUAUUGCAUUUGAAAAAAGUCCUCUAUUGAGCAGAUGAAGUCAUGAAAAUGAAAUGUCAAAUGCUGUUCUCAUUUUCAAAUAGUUAGAAAAUAGCAUUUUGACAUAAGACCAUGGUGACAUGGACUUGUAAAUGCAAUAAACAUGGGGCGCUGUUUUGCCAAUUGCAUUUGAAUGUCCACUUUUGCGCAGGUAAAAUGAAAUUGAAAAUGAAAUGUCAAAUCCUGUUUCCUAGAAAGCCCACACAAGUAUGUGAAAAUGAAAAUAAAAAUUGGAUCAUUGCAUUUUAAUUUUUACUUAAAUAACGCAUACAUUAUGUGAAAAAUGAUAAUGCUAUUGUGGAAUUGCAUUUUCCUUUUCAAAUUUGCAUGAUAAUUUGAAUAAAGUCCCAGGAAAACUUC